UUGACUAAGGGCAGUACUCAUCUGUCUUUGGUAAAGGUUAAUAUAAUUAUGCAUAGGCAUAAGAUUUACUGAUUAGUUAAGUUAGAUCAAUGAAACAGACAUUUCAUUACAAUGAACCUAGUACACCUUCCUACAGUAUGCUGACACCAAAUGAGUUGCUUUCAAAUUCUGCUCCGUUAAAAAAUAACCUAAGAGAUGUGUUUCGAAGAUCAAUUGUUAAAAGUAAAAUGGAACCAAUGAUUUCUAUUACUUGUAGUUUAACCAGAAUUUAGUGUCAUGCCCGGCCAAAGGUACCAGUAAACAUGCAGUUGACAUUGGUUUCGUCCAGUGACUUGUUACAUAAUGGAGCGGUUCAACUAAUUAGACGUAGAGCAGCAUUUCCGGACACCAUAAUGUCGACCACAUAGUAGCAUGCAAGUUAAAAAAAGAUGCUAUCACCGAAUGAGAGAUUAUUUUCACAACAUAUUUGCCAGUGCCUAAUAGCGAGAGCUCUAAUCAGCAUAACUUCUAUUGGCAUUGCCAUUUCGUUCAUAAAACUCAAAAUUACCAUCUUUAAUAUCAUAAUCAUUAUAUUAACAAUCACAGUCAUCAUUCCAAUUAUCAUUGCCAGCAACACCAUGAUAAUCCCAGCCUCCGUACCCUGGACAGUGCAUGCCGGGGUGCUUGUCACGGAUGAGUUCCGUAGUGGCCAACAGCCGCACUGUCAGCCAAAUGAUCGCCUCCCUCCUAGUGCUGGUGCUCUUUCUCUGCUCCAUUACCUCCAUGUUCUUGCUUGACCUGGACAGCUACCGAGAUUGCUUCCUACAAGCCAGUGAGAACUCCUCCAACCUCACCUGGGGUGACCCCAACAUUACAGAGGAGUGGUGGGUUGUGUCUGACACCCUUACCAUACAGGCACCCAAGGUCACGCCAAUACUGGACCAGUUUAACGUUACUCUGGGAGACGAGGUCAACUUAUGUCACGAGGGCACUACCACACAUUUUCCUGAUUACUUCACCUACUGCGUGUUGCUGGUGAUGUUGUCAUGUGCCGUGUACCAGCUCAUGUUCAGCAUCAUCAAACUGCUCUUGCUCGGCGCUGUUUGCGUCGCCUACACCUCUAUGGUGCUCAUCACCCACGGCACGCUCUUCGAUAACCAGGACGCACUCAUCCUCCGUGGCCGCGGGUACGGUGAGCUGUUCGUGUCGAGGUACGUGACGGUGGCGGUGCUGGUUGGGUUCACCAUAGCAUUCGUCAUCCACGCACGCCAAACUGAGGCUACUUCUCGUUUAGACUUCCUGUGGAAGCUCCAGGCUCAUGAGGAGAAGGAAGACAUAGAGCACCUGCAAGCCUACAACAGGAAGCUCAUCGCCAACAUUCUCCCCGAGCACGUCGCCAUCCACUUCCUCAGCGUCGAUAAGGCUCCUGAUGAGCUGUAUCAUGAGGAAUGCGAGAGUGUGUGCAUCCUCUUUGCUUCCAUCCCUAACUUUUCCGACUUCUACAUGGAGUUGGAGUCCAACAAUGAGGGCGUGGAGUGCCUGCGUCUCCUCAAUGAGAUCAUUGCUGAUUUUGAUGAGCUGCUUGAGGAGGAGCGCUUUAAGUAUAUAGAGAAGAUCAAGUCAACUGGAGCCACCUAUAUGGCUGCUGCUGGUCUAACAAAGGCAUCUAGAGACUUAAAAAACUUCAGUCACGUCACUGCAAUGGCAGACUAUGCUCUUAGGUUACGGGAUCAGCUGGAGUACGUAAACGAGCAUUCCUUUAAUAAUUUCAAAAUACGAAUAGGUAUCAACAUAGGACCUGUGGUAGCUGGUGUCAUAGGAGCUCGCAAACCUCAGUAUGACAUCUGGGGCAACGCUGUUAAUGUGGCCUCUAGAAUGGACUCCACAGGAGAGUUAGAUAAAAUACAAUGAACCUGACAGUGCUGAAUGAGAGAAGACCAGAUACCAAGAUCUGACCAGCAAGGGCCAGUAAGCAUAUUGCAGUACAUGUUUUAGGCUUAUUAAGACAAAAUUAAUUUGACCCAACUAUAUUUUUCCAGAUUCGAUAAUGAAAUUCUUUCCUUUUGAUGUCCUAUGUGUAGACAUUAUUUCAUAUGUGCUUGUGAUGACUUUAGAUGUUAAUUAAGAUACGGUAAUGAGGCAUAAUCUAAUAGUCAAAUCCACAUUUAUUAAAAACAUAUUUUUGUACAAGAAUAAACAUUAUCUAUUAACAUGUUUUCGAAAAAAAAAAUAUAAUGAAAUGCUAUUCCCAUCCAUAUAGAUUAUUCCUACCCACUCAACUAAUGUUCCUGUAUUGUGUGUUAGUUCUAAUAUAUUCUGAAGUAAAUGGAUAUAUUUAUCCAAAGCCCAUAAGUUGUGUUUUUUUCAUUAACCAACAUUCUGUGUUUUAAGAUGUACAGGGCACACACCCAUGUCAGGGACAGGUACUGAAGUCUUUUUCGAACUUGAAAAGAACGUUAAAACAGCCCAAGACCAUUCCAUGGGUUUUCAAAGCAAUUUCCUACUUCUCCUUAGUUUACUUAUCAGAGAGGUACUUCGGUGUCUGGAUAAAUAAUAGCUUUUUCUAUCAUGGCCAGGUUGAAGGUGUAUCUCAAGGCUGUUCUUAGAACAACUCAUUAUUAUUAUGGGGGAGCAAUAAACCCAUAGGGAUUAUACAGUGCCUCUGUGUGGAGAGGGGAAAUAGGCAUAAGGCAUUUAGGUUUAAUUCAGGGAACUGGAGCACAUCCAAUUCCCUAGAUCAAGAGCCCCUCACCAGCAUCAAGGAAUCUCCCUUAAGGGGAGUAUAACUCUAUUUGUCAUUAAUGACUUUGCCUUGACUCUCCCAA